AUGGAUAGACCUAUAGAUGAUAUCGUGAAAAGUCUCUUAAAGUUCGUCGUGAGAGGGUUUUAUGGUGGCUCCUUUGUUCUCGCACUCGAUGCUAUACUAUUUCACUCUGUCCUAGCCGAAGAUGAUUUGAAGCAACUUUUAAGCAUAAACAAGACGGAACUGGGUCCGCUCAUCGCUAGAUUGAGGUCAGAUAGGCUAAUAUCCAUUCACAAACAAAGAGAAUACCCUCCAAACUCUAAAAGUGUGGAGAGAGUUUAUUACUAUGUAAAAUACCCUCAUGCUAUUGACGCCAUCAAGUGGAAAGUCCAUCAAGUGGUACAAAGAUUGAAGGACGACCUGGACAAAAAUUCCGAGCCGAAUGGUUACAUGUGCCCCAUUUGUCUGACUAAGUACACGCAAUUGGAGGCUGUACAGCUAUUAAAUUUUGACAGAACGGAAUUUCUAUGUUCACUAUGUGAUGAGCCGUUGGUAGAAGAUGACUCUGGUAAAAAGAAUAAAGAAAAGCAAGAUAAACUGAAUAGAUUAAUGGACCAGAUCCAACCAAUAAUUGAUUCUUUGAAAAAGAUUGACGAUUCAAGAAUUGAAGAAAAUACUUUUGAAAUUGCAUUGGCUCGUUUGAUACCUCCCCAGAACCAAUCUCAUGCUGCCUACACGUACAAUCCAAAGAAGGGCAGUACUAUGUUCAGACCGGGCGAUUCUGCUCAAUUACCUAAUCUCAUGGGCACUGCUCUCAGUAACGAUAGCAGUAGACGUGCCGGUGCUAACUCUCAAGCAACCUUGCACAUCAACAUCACCACUGCAAGUGACGAAGUGGCUCAAAGAGAACUGCAAGAGAAGCAGGCUGAAGAGAAGAGAAAACAAAACGCGGUUCCUGAAUGGCAUAAACAAAGUACCAUUGGCAAGACCGCCCUUGGUAGACUGGAUAAUGAAGAAGAGUUUGAUCCUGCAGUUACGGCGUCCGCCAUGGAUUCUAUAAACACUAACAAUGAACACAUGCUGGAAACUCCCUACCAGAAUAAUAGAACUCUGACUGAACAAGAAAUGGAAGAAAGAGAAAAUGAAAAGACUUUGAAUGAUUAUUACGCUGCGCUGGCUAAAAAACAGGCGAAAUUGAAUAAAGAAGAAGAGGAGGAGGAGGAGGAAGAGCAACAACAGCAACAACAGCAACAAGAUGAAGAGGAAGAGGAAGAAGAAAUGGAAGAUGUUGUAGAUGACAAUGAUGAAGAUGCAGCAGCAUUCGAGGAUGACUUUGAAGACGUAACUGGUACAGCUGAUACAGCGAAGACAGAAACAGACGAGAAUAACCCGAAUGGCAUAAAGCAAGAAUCAAAGUAUAAUAAGACCGAAGAAACCUCAAAUACAACUGCCGCUGUUCCAGAUCCUGAUGCAAAAGCAAAAGGAAGUGAUAAUGACGAUGAUGACGAUGAAAUGGACAUUGAAUUUGAAGACGUUUAA